ACACGAAUGUUCUUAAGAGAAUAUAUUGAUAAGCUAUUCGAGGAAACUUUAAAAGUUGCAAAAAAAAGAGUUCGGGUUUAUGAUAAUGACCAUUUUGCAUUAGAUGAAAAAGUACCAUCUAACGCACUAAGAUGGUCGCUUGCUAGAUAUAAUGGAUCAAUGAUAACAGCUGUUGAAGAAGCAUGCCAUCGAAGAACCAAUUCUUCUACCAACCUUUCGGUAACGGCAAUUGAUGAUAACGAUCAAGAAAGGAUCGAUGAUAACUAG